AUGGCCCAGUGGUCCGCACCUCCUCCGCCUCCGCCUCCACCUCUCGCCGCGCCGCCGCCGCCCGGCUCCUCGGUUAAGGGCCCGCCGGCGCGCAAGCUGCUUUUCAUGUGCACCUUGUCCCUGUCCGUCACCUACCUGUGCUACAGCCUCCUGGGCGGCUCGGGCUCCCUGCAAUUCCCCCUGGCGCUGCAGGAGCCGCCGGCCGCCGCCGCCGAGCCCCCGCCAAGACCGCCGCCACCCUCGCUGCCGCCUCCCCCCGUGCGCCUCGGCGCCCCCUCGCAGCCGCCCGCGCCGCCGCCGCCGGACAGCGCGAGCCGCGGGGAGCCGCCCGAGCCCCCCGAGCAGCCUUCCGCCCCCGGGGCCGACGGCUGGGGGCUGGCGAGCGGCAGCGGGGGCGCCCGGGACGCCUGGCUCCGGACCCCGCUGGCCUCUGGCGAGAUGGUCACGGCGCAGAGCGCGCUGCUGGAGAGGGAAGCGCAGGAGUCCAGCACCACAGACGAGGAGCUCGCAGGCCGGAGGGCGGCCAACGGGAGCAGCGUGAGGGGCGGCGCCGUCAGCACCCCCGACUACGGGGAGAAGAAGCUGCCACAGGCCCUUAUCAUCGGGGUCAAGAAAGGAGGGACCCGCGCGCUGCUGGAGGCGAUCCGAGUGCACCCGGACGUGCGGGCGGUGGGCGUAGAGCCGCACUUCUUCGACAGGAACUAUGAAAAGGGACUGGAAUGGUACAGAAAUGUGAUGCCUAAGACUUUGGAUGGGCAGUUAACCAUGGAGAAGACACCAAGUUACUUUGUGACGAAUGAGGCCCCCAAGCGCAUCCACUCCAUGGCCAAGGACAUCAAACUCAUCGUGGUGGUGAGAAACCCCGUGACCAGGGCCAUCUCCGAUUACACCCAGACACUGUCAAAGAAACCCGAGAUCCCCACCUUCGAGGUGCUGGCCUUCAAAAAUCGGACCCUAGGGCUGAUCGAUGCCUCCUGGAGCGCCAUUCGAAUAGGGAUCUAUGCUCUGCAUCUGGAAAACUGGCUCCAGUAUUUCCCCCUCUCUCAGAUCCUCUUCGUCAGCGGUGAGCGACUCAUAGUGGACCCCGCCGGGGAAAUGGCCAAAGUACAGGAUUUUCUAGGCCUCAAGCGUGUUGUGACUGAGAAGCAUUUCUAUUUCAACAAAACCAAGGGGUUCCCUUGCCUGAAGAAGCCAGAAGACAGCAGCGCCCCCAGGUGCCUAGGCAAGAGCAAAGGUCGGACUCAUCCCCGCAUCGACCCCGAUGUGAUCCACAGACUGCGGAAAUUCUACAAACCCUUCAACAUGAUGUUUUACCAAAUGACUGGUCAAAAUUUCCAGUGGGAACAGGAAGAGGGUGACAAAUGAGGCUAGAGAUGUGGAGGGAAGGCUGGUGAAUAGCUAGGGAGGCUCCUUACCUGAGUCCUGAAUCCCCCAGGGUCUGCAGCCUCAGCCUUGCUGGGGUGCCAAGUAGAUCUCCUCCUUUGUCCAAUCAGGAUUGCUUCCAACGCUGUUGGCUUAGGCAAAGGGAUGGAUCCCAUGGCAUACUCAUGAGGGUACCAGGCCU